GUUGUUUUGCAACUUAUGGACUCUCAUUCAGUAAUGAUUUAAGACUACAACUUGAUGGUUGUUGGAGAAAUACUGUUGGCAGUUAUCCUAACGUUGGUAUACCUUCAAAUUUUAAUGUGAGUGAUUAUGAA